AUGCCUCCUAAGAAGGCUCCGCCGAAGAAAGAUGGCGCAGCAGAUGAGAAGGAUUAUGAUCUCGAGAACUUCAUGUUGCAGAAACGGCUAGAAGUGAUCCAGCAUCGGAUUCAACUCAAAGAGGAAGUCAUUGCUGAAUGUCAAGAGAAAAUGGAGGAGCAACGGAAACGGAAAGGUAUCGUAUGCCAACGUAUCGCAGCCGCCGCUAUGCUGUUGAAUGUCGGUUUCUCAGCUGAUUUGGAGAGUCAGAGUAAGCGAGAGUUGGAGAGACGGGAAGAAGUGCUUGCUGAAAUGACACGACAGUUCAAUGAGAUGCAGAACAGUUUUACUGACCGCAUCGUUGAUUUGAAGGAACAGGUUAAGAGGGCCCAGGAAGACAUAGUUGAGGUCGAGAACAUGAAGGAAACGACACGCAGAGAGAAGGAUGAUGAAAUCGCUAGAAAA